AUGCGGGUGUACCUGCACCCAGAGGGCCUGCAGCCCGACGCCCUAGCUGCAGUGCAGCGAGAUGCAGAGGGCAUCAGCCACGCCCCCAACUUCUGGGUGCCGCGCGCCCGCAUCGAGGCUGGUGCCGCCGCUUGUCGCUCGGCAGCUGACGUGGCGGUCCUGCAGCUGUAUGAGCGCCACAUGCGGCGGCGACUGCCGCCGGACUGGGCAGGCGCCGAGUACUGGUGCCAGGUUUACGAGCCCGGGCGCGGCCUGGCCUUCCACUUUGACAAGGAUGAGCACCUGUUGGUCAGCGAUGGGGCGAUGGUCAACCCAGUAUGGUCGUCUGUGCUGUACUUGACGGGCAGCUGCGAUGCCGGCGCGCGGCGCGAGGGCCCAACGGUUGUGGUUGACCAGGUGUUUGACCAGACCCUUGGCCACCCAGUCCCAGAGGACCCGGAGAGCAGCUGCCUGAUCUACCCCGUGGAGGGCGCAUAUUGCGUCUUUGACGGCCGCCUGGGGCACGGCGUGCUGGACAGCUUCUCGCCAGCUGCCCGGGCGACGCUGUUGGUCAACUGGUGGACGCACCAGCCGCAGGCCGUGCUCGAGGCCACGGAUGUGCAGCUGCAAGAGUUGGGCAUCCCCCUGCUGCCAGCCUUAGGCAGCGGCGCGCAAGAGACUGGCAGCGGCACGCAGGAGACUGGCAGCGGCAGCGGCGUUGCCGCCAGCGGCAGCAGCGGCGACUGCAUCGAGCCCACCCUGGCAGCGCUGGCUGUGCAGGAUUCAACGGCAGGGCCGCAGCGGCAGCAGGAUAGCGGGACAGCGAGCGGCAACGCCGCAUGUGGCGGCGGCGGCGAUGUCGGUAGUGCGCCUGAUGCAUGUGACGGUGCAGCCAUCCCUGAAGUCGCCGCGCCAGAUGCGGCCACCCUAGACCACGCAGUCCUGGUCGACACCCUCCUGUCCGAAGCUGGCCUGAAGCUGGUGGGGCAGGGCGCUGUCAGCGCGGUGCGGGUGCGGCACCAAGGCCUGGUGUUGCUGCCCUUGGACCCUGAACAGGUGCAGCAGCAGCAGCAGCAGCAGCAGCAGCAGCAGCAGCAGGAGCAGCAGCAGCAGCAUCGUCAAGAGGGGGACGAAGGGAAAUCAGGAUCAGCAGCCGUAGCUCUGAACAUGCAGACAGCCGCGGCGCUGGUGCCGCACAGCAUGCUGCCCGCGUCUGACACGGAGAGCGAGGACGAGAGCGCUAGUGGUUCUGGUAGCGAGACCUGA